AUGACAGUCAACGGAAGCAGCAUGAUUUUGCCAAUAUUACUUUCCUGCAUACUGCUUUACCCCAUACUUCAGCCCAUAUACUCUUAUUUCCGAGAUGCGCGUGGGCUUCGACAGUUUCCUUCUCCAUCGUAUGCUGGGUUGUCGAGUCUCUGGCGCAUCGGACAUGCAAUUCGGAAGAAACACUAUCUUGCUGUUCACAAUGCCCACAAGGCACUUGGCACGCAUGUGCGCAUUGCCCCCAACCACAUUUCUAUAUGUGACCCGACCGCGAUGAAUGAAAUCUACGGGCAUGGCGCAAAUCUACUGAAAGAGGGAUGGUAUGACGGCGGAGCGCGGACCUACCGUAACAUGGGUGAUACUCGCGACAAGGCUGAACAUCAAAGCAAGAGGAAGAAAUUCGCCCACGUCUUUGCGCAAAAAACCAUCGUCGGUCUGGAACCAAUGGUCCACAGCAUGGUGCAAACUCUGAACUCCGAGAUCGACAAAAGAGCGGCGUACGGCGAGACCAUUAACAUGCGCCGCUACCUGAACUAUUUCACCAUCGACCUCAUCUCCAAGUUGCUCUUCGGGGAGUCGUUGGGGUGCAUGAUUCGAGGCAACGACACUGUAGCGGCCGAGACGAAAGAUGGCAAGGUGUACGAGACCGCCUUGAUCGAAGCGCUUCAUCGGUCCAUGAGCGUCAACACCUGUCUAGGCAUGGAGGCGCCGCUACUACCGUACACCACGCGCCUCUUCGCCUGGCAUCCCUAUAGGCGUGCUGGGUCCCGGUUUGAAGACAUCGUGUAUCACAACACCAUGAAGCGGCUGCGCAAGACCGAGGAACAAGAUGACUUCUUUGCCAAGCUCCUGGUCAACAACAAAGGGGAGGAGCUCAACUUGGAACUCGGCGAGAUCCUGGCUGAAAGCGGUGUCAUCAUGAAUGCCGGAAGCGAUACGACGACCUCUGCGCUUACAAGCACGGUCUUUCUGCUGUACAAGCAUCCUCGGGUACUGGCAAAGCUUCGUGAAGAGCUCGACGCCAACCUUGGCGACGUCGCCAUACCAACAUACGAAGCAGUUGCUAACCUGACAUACCUCCGUGCGUGCGUUGAGGAGUCUCUUCGCCUUCGGCCAGCUCAGUCCAUUGGACUACCACGCACAGUUCCUCCCGGCGGUCGUACGAUCGCCGGCCGUUUCAUCCAAGAGGGCGUUGCCGUCUCGGUUCCGACAUAUACCUUGCUUCGCGACCCUCGAGCGUUUGAGAAGCCGGAAACUUACAAUCCGGAUCGUUGGCUGACAGGCGACAGAGCCACAAUGGCACGGUAUCAUCUGCCCUUCAGCGUGGGCCCCCGAGCUUGUAUCGGGCGAAACAUUGCCUACUUUGAGCAGCUCAUCGUGAUUGCGAAUCUCGUGAAGAACUAUGAUUUCGAACUGCCAUCCAGCGACUUUGAACUGGAAAACAUUGAGCGCCUCAAUUCCAAUCCUGGAGAGUUGCCGAUGAGAGUCAGAAGGAGGACGAACGGCGUGUGA